AUGUCUUCCUCAUCAACGCCCGACCUGCCUGAGAAGGCUCCCGAUGAAUCCUCAAAGUUGAAGACGUUUCUGUCUAUUCUUCGAAAAUUUGUCGGUGUGAGCGAUAUCGCCUCUGUGAGGUUCUCGCUCCCUGCGCAACUUCUCGAACCAACUCCCAACUUAGAAUAUUGGAAUUAUUUGGAUAGACCGGAGACCUUCGCGAGCAUUGGGAAAUCAGAAGACCCGCUCGGACGCAUGUUGGAGGUGCUGAGAUUUUGGUUUACAAAGGAUUUGAAAUACAUCAAGGGCAAGCCGUGCAAGCCCUAUAAUUCCACACUUGGCGAAUUCUUUAGGUGCAGUUGGGAAGUUCAUUCCACUCUUCCCAAGUUACCAUUGCUGGCCAACAGUCAUACAGCCAAUGGUGUUUCAAGCGUGACGGACGACACUGGAAAACCGGUCAAGGUUUGCUUCUUGACGGAGCAAACAUCUCACCAUCCGCCAGUGUCUGCAUUUUACAUCGACUGUCCCGAAACAGGGGUUAGCGCUCGUGGCUUUGAUCAGAUCAGUGCUAAGUUCACAGGCACUAGCAUCCGUGUGUCGCCUGGCCAACACAAUCUUGGAAUAUUCCUCAAUAUAAGCCAGAGGGACGAUGAGGAGUAUCAAUUGACGCACCCGGCUGCUCAUCUUGGGGGUCUUUUGCGAGGAGCACUCUCCAUAAGUGUCUCAGACACAUGCUAUAUUGUUUGUGCCAAGACGGGCAUUAAAGUGAUUCUGCAGUAUUUGGAAGAGGGUUGGAUCAGUCGUGCUCAAAACAAGGUUGAAGGAGUGAUUUUCCGAUACAACCCCGACGAGGAUACGAUCACUAGGGUCAAAGACGUACCUGAGAGUGAUGUUCUUGCAAAAGUCUCAGGAUCGUGGCACGGUCAGUUGUACUAUACCCUGGCUGGGUCAUCCGAACCUCAACUUUUGAUUGACAUUGCGCCCCUUUUCCCUGUCGCAAAGAGCCUGCCACCGGAAGAGACUCAGCUAUCAAAUGAGUCACGAAAGUUUUGGUCCGGAGUUACGGAAGCGAUUUUAGAGAAAAGAUAUAGCCAAGCUACCAAGCUGAAGCAAGAAAUUGAAGAGCGUCAGCGUGAAAAGGCCGCCGAGCGACAAGCAAAGAAUGAGGAAUGGAAACCUCGCUUCUUCACGGGUGCCGUUACCCCUAUGGGUAAACCAACAUUAAGCGAGGAAGGCUUGAAAGCUCUCGAGGGUCUCCGUAACGCAGACUACGAGUUGAAAGAGAGUGAAGUCAAGGGAGCCUAG